GGCGUAUCCGGGUUCACUUGGGCGGGUGGUUGCAGGGUCCGAUUUCUACAACACAGACCAAACACAGUCAGGUCAGAGCGCAGUGGAGGAGAACUGAGAGAAUUGGAAGUUCAAAACCCUUAUAGAAGCAAAUCAGGCAGAUCCAAAAAGGCAGAGAGAUCCGAUACUAUGGAUUUCUCGGCUCAACAGCAACAACAAUACCAGUCUUGGCAAUUGCAAUCUCAAUCGUAUGAUCCAUACACCUACCACUAUCAUCAUCCUCAUCAACCCUAUUAUUACCAACAACCCAAUGCCCAUCUCCAGCACCAACAACAGCACGGCCAGCCGAUUCAUCCGCCCGGAGUUCCGGAUCCGUCUUCCACGGGCUUGCCUGUGCAGAGUCAGGAGAGCGCGUAUCAGCAUCCUGCGCACCAGCUAAGCACGGGUCCCUCUGCGGCGGCGGCGGCGACAGCGACGACGAUGACCUAUCUGACUCCGGGUUUGCAGCAAGGUCACCAAUGGUAUUCACAGCCCGAUGCGUAUGCGCCUCUUGUUGGUGGUCCCGGUUUGGCCCUUGGACACGGCUCGCAACCUUAUAUGAUACAUCCUUCCCAGGCCGCUUCCCAAGCUCCUCGUAAGUUUGGUAAUAGACGGGGAGGGACUCCAUUUCGAGGUGGGCGUCAAGGGAAACCUUCAAGAGGAAGGGGAAGUAGUCAGGGAAGAGGUGGUUCUACACCAUCAUCCUCCAACACGGAAGCUUCAGCUGUCAAUAACCAGCAACCAAAAGUUGCUGCUAGGUGUGAUGUAUGCAAUGCUGAUUGCACAAGUCUGGAUGUUCUUGAACAACACAAGCUCGGAAAGCGGCAUCUGAAGAACAUGAAAAAGUUGGAUCCAUUGAAGAACACAUUUGUUAGUGAAGUACAGAAUGGGAAGAGCGUUGCUGCUAAUGAUUUAGUAGUAGGGAGUUUACCUUCUCAAAAUGUUGAAUCCCAAGCUGCACUUGAAAGCACAGAUAAAAAAGAAGGUGAACCGGAAAAACCUGUCGUACUACCUAUUGAGGCGGCCAAAGUGAAUGAUCUGAGGCGUGGUUCAAAACGUGCGAUAAGGGGUGGUGGUCGUGGUGGGAAGCGGGUGAGAAUUUCUGGGAGGCCAGAAAGGGGACCUCACAAACCCAAAGUUGUAAUUCCUUUGGUAUGUGAUUUGUGUAACGUCAAGUGUGACACACAGGAAGUUCUAGACCGUCACCUUGCUGGUAAAAAGCACAUUUCCAAGCGCAAGCACUUUGAAGCUCACCAAGCUAUGUAUGGACCCCAGGAGCUUCAAGUUCUGUACCCGCCUAAUCCCGUUACACAAACCCUACUCCAGUCACAACAACAGCAACAACCACAACAGCCCAUCUCUGUGCCCCCUCAAACACCUUCAGAACAACCUUCAGCAGCAAUAGCAGCAGCUUCCUCAUUGCCUUCUCAAACUCAAACUACUGUACCCUAAGCGUCAUGUGUUGUUUUUAUUUUUACCAAACCAUCAAUUUUUCUUUCUAGUUUUCAGCUUUUAUCACAAAGGUUAACAGUGUGUGGAGAUCCUGAAGAAGUGGUUCAAACCCUGAGAAGAUGAAUCAUGAAGGCCAGGUUUAUGCAUAAUGGACGUUUCAAUCAGUAGUUUGGUGGAAGCAGCUGUGGAAGAGAAUUGCAUGCUAUUUCUCGGGGAAUAUGGAAAGGCAUCUAUCUAGUUACAAAUUCCUAUGGAUAUAUUUAUUUGCAGAUGUCCUAUAUAUCCCAAGAGAGAAGAUAUCAUCCCGGCAACAGGUGAAGGAUAAAUUAUGUAAGAAGAAUAUGCUUAUUUGCAUCCACUGGCAUGACUUUUCUUUAGUAAAUUGUUAUGCCGAAAACAAAUAGUGCUGGCUUAAUCUCUCGGUGAUUUAGAUGUAUUUGUUGGCUACUUCUGUUGCCAGAUUUCUUUGUUUUGCAGUUUCUCGACCAUUUGUAUUCAUGUAGACAUAUCUUCCUGCAUGUAAAAUCAUCAGCUUUAUAAAAAAAACAACUUAGCUAGAGCUAAAUUUCCAACACCC